UAGGUGCGUGCGGCAACAGCUGAUCGGCUGGCCAGGAAUUGGACUAAAUCGAGCACGGUGUUUUAUUUUGGACCUGGAUACUAUUUCACAAUGAUCGGGGGGGUUGCCUAAUAGCCAAGAUCGCAUUCAACAACAAUCCAGUUAUUAGCACGCGAUUCACCUUCUCAUCCUAUCGUCACUUCUCUGUUGAUUCCCCGCCAGCUUACCGGGGCUCCCAGUGAGGCCACAAGAAGAGGAUCUUCAUCUGCAAUGGCCAAGAGGGAAUGGGAAUCAUUCGCCCACUUGGCGGCUGCCUGCGCCGCAGUGGCGGCCACUCCCAGCCAAAGCCAGACGAAGGCCACGAUGACGGACCCCCGGUUCCGGAUCCGACCCCUCCAGCAAGUGGCAUCCGCCUGCACCGGCGCCAUGGUGACCGCCUGCUUCAUGACCCCCCUGGAUGUUAUCAAGACCCGGCUGCAGGCCCAGCAGCAGGCGCUGCUUUCGAAAAAGUGCUUCCUCUACUGCAACGGCCUCAUGGACCACAUCUGCCCCUGCGGCCCGGACACGCCCAACCCAGCAGUCGCCAAGCCGGCUCCCCGCUUUUCUGGCACCAUUGACGCAUUCAUCAAGAUCAGCCGCACCGAGGGCAUUGGCUCCCUAUGGUCGGGGCUCAGCCCAACGCUAAUCUCGGCCCUGCCCUCGACUAUCAUCUACUUUGUGGCCUACGAGCAGUUCAAGGCCCGCUUCACCGACAUCCAUUACAAGUACAUGCAACGCACGGACGCCAGCGGCCGUGACAUUCCACUCCCGAUUCCAAUUUUGGUGCCCCUGCUGGCUGGCGUUUCGGCCCGCAUCCUGGCCGUCACCUGUGUCAGUCCCGUCGAGCUGAUCCGCACAAAGAUGCAGUCGCAGCGCAUGACGCACGCCGAGAUGUUCGGCACCAUUCGCCAGGUGGUGCAGUCGCAGGGCGUCCUGGGUCUGUGGCGUGGUCUACCGCCCACUAUUCUGCGCGAUGUCCCUUUCUCUGGCAUCUAUUGGACCUGCUACGAGUACCUAAAGAGCUCCUUCGGCGUCGUGGAGCCAACGUUCAGCUUCAGCUUUGCAGCGGGAGCGAUAUCCGGAUCGGUUGCUGCCACGAUUACCACGCCCUUCGACGUGGUGAAAACGCACGAGCAGAUCGAGUUCGGCGAGAAGUUCAUAUUCUCAGAUAAUCCCCCCAAGCAAGUGGCCACCAAGUCGGUGGCGGUGCGCCUGGCCAGCAUUUACCGCCUGGGCGGAGUGCCCGCCAUUUUCUCUGGAUUGGGCCCGCGACUUUUCAAGGUGGCGCCCGCGUGUGCGAUCAUGAUUUCGUCCUUUGAGUACGGCAAGUCCUUCUUCUACCACUACAACAUUGACCAGCACAAUCGCAGCAUCAAGGCAUCCGGAUCGUGAGAUCACUCCAAGUUCGACUACAGUGAAUCUAUGUAAAUAUGUACAUCAACGCCAAAGUUGCCAGGAAAUCGGUGGGCAGGCAUCGUCUGCUGGGUUUGGCGAGCCCCAUCGAACUUGUUAAAUUGUAGUGAAAUAAAAUUCUUGUUUUUUCUGGUUUAAAAACAACAAAAAGCUGGCCCUUCCCACCCGAAAUUCCCGCGCGUUUCAAGCUAGUCCUUAUGUUUAAAUUGAGGAGUUUAUACUUUAUUUCAAAAUUUGGGGCGAUGACCUAUUGGCUAUGUACAUGUAAAAAAAUGACAGCGCACAUAAUGAAAAUUAUUUGUAAAAAGAGAUGGGUUGCCGUUGUCCAUGCUAAACAAAAGCUAUAUUUAUCUGUUAAAAAAUACAAAAAUGCAUUACCCAUUAAAACUGAA